UGUUUAAAACUCAGAAGAUCAAAAGAAAGACUUGGUAUUUUUCAUUCUAUACAAGUUUGUUUGCAGAAGUGCUAAUUGGUGUUGGUGGUGAUCUCAUUGUAAACCAGAUACAAGACAUUGUUGUUUAUUUCAUUUCACUGAUUGAUCAUUCUCUGGUUGGGUUGUUUCAGACGAUACAUUCAUGGUGAGGAUUUGUACUUUAUGCAAUGGUGCCUUGAUAUUUGGAGAUGGUAAUGCCAUAUUCUCUGCCGAGUGCUCACAUCCCUUUCAUUUCAAUUGCAUCACUUCAUAUGUGAAGCUUGGGAACCAGAUUUGCCCAACUUGUGAUGCUCAAUGGAAGGAUAUUCCUGUCAUUGGUACUGCUUCAAAUUCAACUGGUGGACUCACACCAGCCCCAUUACGGCCACAUAUUCCUUCACGAACAUUCUAUAAUCGGGUCAUUACAUCACAAAUUCCAUCUUCUGAGCCAUUUGUCUUCGAUGACGAUGAUCCCUUAAAUUCCCAAUCCAACUUUUCAUCUAAUAACAUUACUGUUAUCAGAUCCGUAGAUAUCAAAACACACACAGAAUUCCCAGCUGUUCCGCGGUCUGUUUCGAAAGAAAACUUCCAUAUACUCGUCAAUCUCAAAUCUAAUGUCACUGAUAUAGAUCAAGUUAUUAGUGAUGUAACUUGUCGUGCACCAAUUGACCUCGUCACGGUUCUUGAUAUUAGUGGUAGCAUGACAGGUACAAAAAUUAAAUUGCUAAAGCGAGCCAUGGGGUUUGUGAUAGAGAACCUUGGCCCUUCUGACAGAUUGUCUGUUAUUAGCUUUUCAUCUGAUGCCCGUCGCCUCUUCCCCCUCCUCCUCAUGACUGAUUCUGGUAAACAAUAUGCACUACAAGCUGUUAAUUCUUUGGUUGCUGGUGGUGGGACAAACAUUGUAGAAGGACUCAAGAAGGGCACAAAGGUUAUUGAAGACCGAGGACACAAAAAUCCUGUUUAUAGUAUCAUGCUAUUAUCCGAUGGGCAGGACUCGUACACGAAGGAGAUCAACGUUAAAGAAAUUUCGAGGUUGCAAAUUCCAGUUCAUACAUUUGGAUUUGGUGCAGACCAUGAUCCUGUCAUGUUGCACUCGAUUGCGGAGGGUUCCAAGGGAACGUUUUCUUUUAUUGAAGCCGAGGGAUUAAUACAAGAUGCAUUUGCUCAAUGUAUUGGUGGUCUCCUGAGUGUAGUUGUACAAGACUUGCAAGUACACAUCCAGUCGCUUGACCCUUGUCUUCGUCUUAGUCAACUAAAAGCAGGGAGUUAUUCCACUCAUUUGAAAGGUGAUAACCGAACAGGAUCUGUAGACAUCGGGGAUUUGUAUGCGGAUGAGGAGAGGGAUUUUCUCGUGCUGGUCAACAUUCCAGUUGUACCUAAUGGGAAUUCCAGCAAUCAGAUGAAGUUGGUUAGUGUACGUUGUGGAUACAAAGAUCCUUUGACAAAAGAAUCUGUUACUACUGAAGCUAUAGAAGUGAAACUUCAGAGACCCGAAAUGGUUGAUGAAGAUAUGGUUGUUUCUAUAGAGGUUGUUAGGCAAAAGAAUCGGUUGCAGGCCGCUGAGGCCAUGAGUAAUUCGCGUGUGGCUGCUGAGAGAGGUGAUCUGCCCGCCGCAUGGUCUAUAAUUGAUGGUUGUAGGAUGCAGAUAUCAGAAACUGCCUCUGUGCAUGCUGGUGACAAAUUUUCUGUUGAUUUAGAUUUAGAGCUUCAAGAGGUACGAUCGAGGAUGAAAAGCAAGAAAACAUAUGAAUCAACAGGAAGGGGAUAUCUACUUUCAGGAAUGAGUUCACAUUCGAGGCAAAAGGCUACAACUCGAGGAGGUUCUACUGAGAGUACUUACCAGACAGCUUCCAUGAGUAAAAUGGUUCAACGAUCGCGUGCAUCUGUUCCAAAAUCACUUGUAAAUAACUCACCUACAAUCCCCAGCACCCCCAUUUCACUUUUCAGCAAACUUUCAAUGGCGUCUAACAGUGGAGGCACUGCCGAUGAUGGUACUAAGGCUUUCAAAAUUUCUUCAUCAAGUAGUCUAAAAAUUCAAAGAGGUGAUAUCACAAAGUGGCGUUUCAAUGGUACUUCUGAUGCCAUUGUAAAUGCAGCUAAUGAACGGAUGCUUGGAGGCGGGGGAGUUGAUGGAGCUAUACAUAGAGCUGCAGGACCCGAACUACGAGCAGCGUGUUAUACCAUUGCAGAGGUUUGUCCUGAAAUUCGCUGCCCAAAAGGAGAAGCGAGAAUUACUCCAGCAUUUAAGUUGCCUGUUUCGCAUGUUAUUCACACUGUUGGUCCUAUUUAUGCUGUUGACAAUCACCCGGAAGUUACUCUAAGAAAUGCAUACAGAAACUGCUUAAAGCUCGCAAAAGAGAACAGGAUAGAGUAUAUCGCUUUUCCUGCCAUAUCUUGUGGUAUUCAUGGUUAUCCCUAUGACGAAGCUGCUAAGAUUGCAAUAUCUACUGUAAUGGAAUCGGACGGAAAGUUCAAAGAGGUGCAUUUUGUUCUAUUUGAGGUUGAUGUUUUUGAUGCUUGGAUGGAAAAGGCGAAAGAAUUGCUUUAGUCGCAGCCCACAACCAGCAGUUCAUUGAAGUUGACCGAGUGGCAGCAGUAGUAUUGUUAUGCACCGUGGUUCACCAGUUUGUAUGGAAUGAAAUCAGUUGACAUACAGUGGCGAUUUCAUUGGUUUUACUUCUCUUGAUGGUUGCUUUAUUUUUGUGGAGUGCUAUUUUGGGGUACAACAGUUUCUUGCUUUUUUUGUUCUUCUUGUCCACGAAUAUUAAGUAAUAAAAUUUGUGACAAUUUGAUUUGUUUUCUUUUGCAAACUGCGUUCAUGCC